AUGCCGCUGAGGGAGCGCAGCAAAAGCCGCAGCCGCAGCCACGACAAUGGCAAUCGCAAGGACAGUCGUAGCCCAAGCCGCAACAAGAAACCAGAGGACUAUGGUGUUGACACCAUGAAGAUUACAGACGAUGACGCUGCCUUUAUUCUGGGCAAAGGUGGCAAGACCAAGGAGAAGAUUUCAAAGGUGUCUGGUGCUGAAAUCGAGCUCUUCGAACGUGAUCUCAUCUUGGAGAUCCGAGGCCCCAAGCUGAUCCGGCGGCGUGCCAAGAAGUAUUGCAAGGGCGUCAUGGAUCAACGCACCGGUCCGGUGAACGUCACACAGGAUCACGAUGAUGACGAUGAUUUGACGAUGAUCAGUGUCCCACAAGAGGCUGUUGGCUUCGUCACUGGAAGGGCUGGCAACUUUUUGCGGACCAUCGAAGAGGAAUGGAACACCCUCAUGUUCUUCUGCGAAGUGGAUGGGUCUCGCGGUCGUGGGAAGGACUACGAAAAGUUGGCGAUUUUCGGCACUGUCCGAGCUCGUCGCGGUGCAGAGUUGAAGGUCCUCAGUGCUGUGGAGACCAAAGUGCCCGGCUACUUCGAAAAGAUCAAAUACGAGGUGAUUGAUCGUGACAAAGGGAAGGGGGAGGAUGGCACGUGGGGUACAGACACCAUGACCUUCCAAGAUGACGAGCUCUCCUAUGCUCUUGGCAAACAGGGCGGAACCAGGAAAAAACUGGAGAGAGCAUCUGGCGCUGUCGUUCAGUAUGUUGGUCAGGUGGCCCUUUUCUCCGGCGAGAAGGGAUUGCGUCGCAAAGCCAAGGAGUACAUGAAGUGGUUGUUUGACCAAUUGGAAGGGCCUGUCUAUGUCAACGGCUGGGAAGAUCGUGACGACUGUACGGUGGUGGACGUUCCAAGUGAAUGCAUUGGCUAUGUGACAGGUGCCCGUCGGGCUGCAUUGGGAAAUAUGGAAGAGGAGUGGGGCACGCUGAUGUUCUUCAUGAACAAAGAGGCGAUGAAUGGCGGUGGAAAGGGCCGGGACCGGAGCGCCCGGGGCGGCUCAGAGCAGUUGGCAAUCUUCGGCGAUAAACGCUCCCGGCGUGGGGCAGAGCUGAAGAUCAUGAGCGCUGUGGAGACCAAGAGUCCGGGUGCGUUCACUCGCGGGGUCCGUGAGAAGUUCAGCUCUGAUAAGGGCUUUGCCACGGACAGGUUCAUCUUGAAGGAUGAUGAGCUGAGCUACGCGUUGGGGAAGGAGGGCGCAACACGGAAGAAACUGGAGUUGGCCUCAGGAACAAUCUUGCAGUAUGUCGGCCAUGUGGCAUUUUUGGCCGGUGACCUGAAGGAACGGAAGCGCUGCAAACAAUUCAUUGACUGGUUGCUGGCGCAGCGCCGUGGUUCUGUGACGGUGUCAGAUGUACAAGAUCGCGAUGAUUGCACGGAGAUGCACAUCCCGGAGAACUGCAAAGGUUGGGUCACCGGGAACAGAGGCAGUGAGCUUCGGCGAGUUGAACAGGCAACAGGGACAUUUAUGUUCAUGGCGUUGGACAAGCAUGGAGAGGAGCGGCUGCUCAUUUUCAGUGCCAAUGCUGGCUCCAAGACUGGAGAUGGUGGCAGAAUGCAUGCAGAACGUAUGGUCAACGAAAUGGUGCAGGAGAAGCUCCGGGGUGACUCCCGCGGCCGCAGUGACUCGCGCUCUCGCUCACGUCGGCGCAACUCCCGGAAACGGUCCAACUCUCGGCGGCGGCGAUCACCUAGCCGGCGGCGUGACUCCCGAUCUCGGUCGCGACGAUGA